UCCUCACCUGAUCAUCCUCAUAAAGGUAAUCCAAAUAGCAAGAGUAUAUAUGUGCUCUUCGUUAGUUAUUACAUUGCUCAUAAAAUGUUGUCUCAAUCUUCCCUUUUUCAUAUGUGACAUUGCUUUUUACAAAAAAAAAAAAGAAGAAGAUAUUAGGAGAGAUAAAUGGAGGAGCCGAAAUGGUUAGACGGUCUCUUAAGAACAAAGUUCUUCAACAUUUGCCCUCGUCACCGCGAGACACCGCGAAAUGAAUGCAACAUGUUCUGUCUCUCCUGUCAAAACACCACGUUUUGUAUCUACUGCCGCUCCUCCCUCCACAUUGAUCAUCCCAUCCUUCAGAUAAGGAGAUCCUCGUAUCAUGAUGUGGUUAGAGUGUCGGAGAUAGAGAAGGUAUUGGACAUAGGAGGAGUGCAGACUUAUGUCAUCAAUAGUGCGAGGGUUCUCUUCUUAAACGAGAGACCUCAGCCUAAGAACUCCUCUCAUGGCGCUGCGUCCUCCACCACCAAAACCAUUUCCUACUUCUGCGAGACUUGUUGCAGAACCCUUCUUGAUCCCUUUCGCUUCUGUUCCUUGGGUUGCAAGGUUGAAGGAAUGAGGAAGAAUAAGGAAGAGGAAGAAGAGGGAUUGCGUAAAGAAAGACAACAAGAAACGCACAAAGCCACGCAUCCUCCAACUCAUACUUCUAAUUCUAGGCGACGAAAAGGCAUUCCUCAUAGAGCUCCUUUUGCCUCCUAAUUUAAUCAAUCUUUUUCAAGAAAUAAAAAAAUAAAUAAACAUUCCUUUAAUUUAUUUAAUGGUCCACCUAAAUCAGCAUAAUAUAUGCGUAUUGGGUGGGUGUUUAUAUAUUCCUUAUUUGUACAAUGUCCAGCUCAAUUCUCA